UCCUAAUAACCUGAGGGGUCCAACCACUCCACCCGUGAACUAUGUAUUAAAAGCCAACCUGUUGGAGGCAACAGAAACGAAGAUCACAACUUUGUCCGAUUGGCUCAAACGAUACUUCAUCUGAGCGAUCGAAGAAGUCUUCGACCAUGGCUUCCAAUACCACCAUGGAAGCAGCAGACGUUGUUGUUAUCGUAGUUUACUUCAUCGUGGUGCUCGGGAUCGGCUUCGCGGCAAUGCGGAAAUCCAACCGAGGCACGGUGAGCGGCUACUUCCUGGCUGGUCGCUCCAUGAACUGGUUCACCGUGGGAGCAUCUCUCUUCGUCAGCAACAUUGGAACUGAGCAUUUCAUUGGACUCGCCGGGUCAGGGGCUGUUAGCGGGUUUAGCGUGGCUGCAUGGGAAUUCAAUGCUCUGCUGCUGCUUCAGUUACUGGGCUGGGUGUUCAUCCCUGUGUACAUUCACUGUCAAGUCUACACCAUGCCAGAGUACCUGUCCAAGCGAUUCGGAGGGAAGCGCCUGAAAGUGUAUUUUGCGGCUUUGACUCUGGUGCUUUACAUCUUCACCAAGUUGUCUGUGGACCUCUAUUCAGGUGCCUUGUUCAUCCAGGAAUCCUUAGGGUGGAACCUUUAUGUUUCCAUCAUCGUCCUCAUCGUCAUGACAGCUGCGCUGACGGUCACUGGAGGUCUGGUCGCUGUCAUCUACACAGACACAGUCCAAGCAAUUCUGAUGAUUGUCGGAGCGCUCUGUCUGACGGGCAUCGGCUUCGCCAAAGUCGGAGGCCUCGAAGGGCUAAAAGAAAAGUACAUGCAGGCCAGUCCAAACAUCACUGCCAUUCUUCUGUCUUCACCUAAUCUGACAUAUUCUGAAUCCUGUAAGCAUCAUCUCCACCCAAAACCAAAUGCUCUGAAAAUCCUGAGAGGCCCAAAAGAUCCAGAUCUUCCCUGGCCUGGUUUCCUGCUGGGUCAGACCCCUGCCUCCAUCUGGUACUGGUGUGCAGACCAGGUGAUCGUACAACGAGUUCUGGCCGCAAAGAACAUUGUUCAUGCCAAAGGGUCGACCAUCAUGGCAGGCUUCCUCAAAAUUCUCCCCAUGUUUAUCAUGGUCAUGCCAGGGAUGAUUUCCAGGGUCUUAUUUACUGACCAGUUGGCGUGCAUCGGCCCAGACCACUGCAUGCAGGUGUGCGGUUCUGCCGCCGGCUGCAGCAACGUGGCGUACCCUCGCCUCGUCAUGUCGUUGAUGCCCGUCGGUCUCCGCGGCUUGAUGAUGGCGGCCAUGAUUGCUGCUUUGAUGAGCGACUUGGACUCUAUCUUCAACUCUGCGAGCACCAUAUUCACACUGGACAUUUACAAAAUGCUGCGAAAGGACGCGUCGCCCAAGGAGCUGGUGGUAACCGGCAGGCUUUUUGUCGUCCUUAUGGUGGCCCUCAGCAUCGCUUGGGUGCCGGUGGUCAUCGAAAUGCAAGGGGGACAGAUGUUUUACUAUAUCCAAGAGGUGUCUGAUUAUUUAACGCCCCCUGUGGCGGCGCUAUUCCUGCUCGGUGUUCUGUGGCAGCGCUGCAACGAGACCGGUGCCUUCUGGGGUGGAGCGGUAGGCUCUGCUCUUGGCGCUCUGCGGUUACUCUUAGCCGUAGUUUACAGAGAACCGUACUGCGGCCAGCCGGACGAGCGACCAUCCUUCAUCAAACAAAUCCAUUUCAUGUACGUUGCGGCCAUCUUGUUUUGGGUUUCAGCUACGACGACUGUCGUCGUGAGUCUCUGCACGCCUCCGCCGGAAAAACAGCUAAUCAGAACGACCACUCUGUGGGGGUUGAGGCAGAGAAUGAAGUUAAACACACUAGCAAUAGAUCAAGGUGAAGAAAACCUCAACAAAACAAACGCGACUGAAAAUGGAGGUGGUGUUGCUGGUGAAGAAACGCUCCAGAGCCACCAAAAGAAGCUCAGGAGAACUGAUGGUAGAGAUGAAAACACUCAAUCGACCAAUGGGAACAUAAUCCCAGCCCAGUCAUCACUACGGAAUGACUCGUAUAAUCUGAUCGCUGAGCCUAUGCUGGAGGGCGAGGGAAAUGGGAGAGAAGUGAAGGAUGUGGAAGAGGGGAAGGAGUGCCAUUUGGGGGAAGGAGGAGACUCUGUGAAAGUUUGUGGGGGUAUUUGUGGCCGCCGGAAAAAAUCUUCGCAGACUCGGGUCAUUACAGCUCAGGAGCAGGAGAGGAUUGUAAAUAAGCUUCUGUACGAACCUCCCAGAACCAGAAUCAUACUAAACGCAGCACUGGUAUUGAUUUGUGUGAUUGGGAUCUUUCUUUAUUUGUACUUCUCCUUAUAGACAGCAAAAAUUCUCUUAAAAUGAGGUACUGCUCCUAAACGUAUUCCUUAUCUCCUUGAAUUUACAGUAAUUUUAUGACACCAUGUUGUGGCAUGUAGUGCACUGACACCACUUCAGAUAUUAAUACUUACAAGUCAUACGCAAAACUUUUUUAAAUGCUUCUCCAACAUAUUUGUUUGUAUUACUCACAACUUUUUGACAUAUUUUCCAGAAUAUCCCACACAAUAAAAUAAGACUGAAAUUAACACUUUGUUGUACAUGCUCUGAAAUUGAACAUCUCUGUUUAUUUUGAACAUAAGUAGUUGGACUGGGUUCAGUGAAGCAGAGGAAAUGGAAAAUAUUGAAGAUUUUUGAUCAGAUGUUCUGACAGACCGAUUAAAUGGCAUCGAUGUGAACACACGUUUGGCAUGCACGGACUUGUUUGAGUACCCUAAUCCUUCCUUGACCACACUUUCGUUUUUACUUUUAACCUCAAAAUCAACCAUGAACCUUUGAUGUCAGAGAAACCCCUGUGACAUCAAUUAAACACCACCAGCCAAUCACAGGACACCUUCCUGCUUCCUGCAGCAGUGGAAACUUACAGAUUGGAAAUGGAAAGUUACUUGUCGACUUUUCCACAAGACCCUUUUGCUGAAAGUUGUAUAGCUCAUUUUCAGCAGCAACAAGCCAACUCAAAGUACUUUACAUGAUGAAAUGGAAACAACAGACAAGCAAAAACAUCACAUUGCAAUGGCACCUCCAAAGAAAUCUCACCAGCAGCUUUCCCUUAUUUCUUU